AUGGCGGAAGCUGAGAACGGCUCUACUAAUGAGCUGAACCAAACAUCAGUCGCCCAGGCAGACAAGCAGAAUGAUGUUGAUGUUGUUGCAGAACCGCACACCCCGGAGGAAAGCGCGGAGUCAAAACCCACAUUACCAGACUCAUCAGAUCGACGGGAAAUUCAAUUAAGCGAAGCAAAUGAUGACAGCCCAUCACAAGAGCGAUCGGAGGACAGCGAGAAUAGCCUGCCCGAGGAGCCCUCCGCAACAUCUCCGAAGACCACGACUGAACCCCACGAACCCACCGAGGAUCCGGAACAACCACAUACGAGAGAUGGUCAGGUCGAAAGUCCGCACGAAGAUCAAUCUCCUGUUUCCGAGGAGCAGUCCAGUGAAGUUCCCGAUACGCAGUCAAUUCGCGAUGAGCAGCUUGCCCGGGACAUGCGACAGCGCUCGGACUCACGGUCGACUACCGCGACUUUUGCUACCAAUCGAUCAUCAGUAGUCAGCUCUACUGUCUUUAUAGUAACAGCCUUGGAUACAAUUGGUGCUUCACGGGAAGCUCGGAAGAGCAAAGAGCUGGAGGACGCUGUGAAGAAUGCGCUCGCCAACGUCAAACAGUCGGACCGUCAGCCUAUUGACCCAGAAGUCUUGUUUCAUCCUUUACUACUUGCGAGUAGGACCCUUAGUAUUCCGCUGCAAGUAACGGCGCUCGAUUGCAUCGGCAAGCUGAUCACCUACUCCUACUUUGCGUUCCCAUCGUCCCAAGAAACCAAGCCGUCGGAAUCAGAGACCACGAACGAGCAGCCUCCUCUCAUAGAAAGAGCCAUUGACGCGAUCUGCGAUUGCUUCGAGAAUGAAGCCACCCCGAUUGAGAUUCAACAGCAAAUCAUAAAGUCACUUCUGGCGGCGGUGCUAAACGACAAAAUUGUGGUGCAUGGAGCGGGUCUUCUGAAAGCUGUCCGACAAAUAUAUAAUAUGUUUAUAUACUCCAAAUCUAGCCAGAACCAGCAAAUCGCCCAAGGUUCUCUCACGCAGAUGGUCAGCACAGUCUUUGACAGGCUCCGCGUCAGACUUGACCUACGAGAACUACGCAUUCGCGAAGGAGAGAAGGCGCAGGCGGGAUCUUCGGAUAGUGUGACUAUUGAGCCUGCCGAUAGCCCGCAGAUUCCUGAGGAUGAUCAGGUAUCAGAUGUUGCUUCUGUACCGCAAGAUCAACCGGUGUCUAAAGAGCCAACCGAGAAGCUCACUUUGGAGAGUUUCGAAUCGAACAAGGAUGUUACAACGGUCAAUGAUAACGUACCGACAAUGGUCACCCGGGCCAACCUCAACCUAAAAAGAGCACAGUCAUCCUCUGGAACUGCUGAUGAGAAAGAGGGUGAAGAUGCUUCCAGUGACGAAGACGAUGUAGAUGAAAUCUACGUCAAAGAUGCUUUCCUGGUAUUCCGAGCUCUCUGCAAACUGAGUCACAAAGUCCUCAGCCAUGAGCAGCAACAGGACCUCAAAUCCCAGAACAUGAGAUCCAAAUUGCUAUCUCUGCACCUAAUCCACUACCUCAUCAACAACCACGUUAUUGUGUUCACCACGCCCCUUCUCACAAUUAAGAACAGUUCCGGUAACUCGGAGCCUAUGACUUUUCUUCAAGCUAUUAGGCCUCAUCUGUGUUUGAGUCUCAGUCGAAAUGGCGCCAGCUCAGUACCCAAAGUAUUUGAGGUCUGCUGCGAAAUUUUCUGGCUCAUGCUAAAGCAUAUGAGAGUUAUGAUGAAGAAAGAGUUAGAGGUUUUCAUGAAGGAGAUCUACCUAGCCACACUCGAAAAGCGAAACGCACCGGCCUUCCAGAAGCAGUAUUUCAUGGAGGUAUUAGAGAGACUGGCAGAUGAGCCGCGGGCCUUGGUUGAGAUGUAUCUCAACUACGACUGUGACCGCACAGCAUUGGAGAAUAUAUUCCAAAACAUCAUCGAACAACUAUCACGAUAUGCGAGCAUCCCGGCAGCUGUAACCCCUGUUCAACAACAACAAUAUCAUGAACAGCAUGUGAAGGCCUCCAGUGUGGGGAACGAAUGGCACCAGCGUGGAACCCUUCCCCCAAAUCUUACCAGCGCCAGUAUUGGAAACGGCCAGCAGCCACCUACACAUAGUGCGCCCCCGGAGUACAUUUUGAAACACCAAGCUGUCGAAUGCCUUGUUCAGAUUCUGGAGUCAUUGGACAACUGGGCUUCGCAGCGCAGUGUUGACCCGUCAGCUGCCCGAACUUUCUCUCAAAAAUCAGUCGAAAACCCACGAGAGUCUAUGGAUAGCGGCGCCCCUGCAUUCCUAGCGUCGCCGAGGGUUGAUGGCGCCGACGGAAGCACCGGUCGGUCUACACCAGUUCCGGAUGACGACCCGAGUCAGGUAGAGAAGGUAAAGCAAAGAAAGAUUGCGCUCACAAAUGCAAUCCAACAAUUUAACUUCAAGCCUAAGCGUGGUAUCAAGCUCUCUCUCCAGGAAGGCUUCAUACGAUCCGAUUCUCCCGAGGACAUUGCAUCUUUCAUAUUUCGCAACGAGCGGCUGGACAAGGCUAUGAUUGGAGAGUAUCUCGGUGAGGGUGAGCCCGAGAACAUUGCUAUCAUGCAUGCUUUUGUUGAUCUGAUGGACUUUUCCAAACGACGCUUCGUCGAUGCUCUCCGCUCAUUCUUGCAACAUUUCCGCUUGCCAGGCGAAGCCCAGAAGAUCGACCGUUUCAUGCUGAAGUUCUCUGAGCGAUACGUUACGCAAAAUCCGAAUGCUUUUGCCAAUGCUGAUACAGCAUAUGUGCUAGCGUAUUCUGUCAUCUUGCUAAACACUGAUCAGCAUAGCUCCAAGAUGAAGGGUCGUCGCAUGACCAAGGAAGACUUCAUCAAGAAUAACCGUGGUAUCAAUGACAAUCAGGACUUGCCUGAUGAGUAUCUUGUUUCGAUAUUCGAUGAAAUCGCUAAUAACGAGAUCGUUCUGGACACGGAAAGAGAGCAGGCGGCAAACCAAGCCCCUCCUGCGCCCAUUCCAAGCGGCCUCGCAUCUAGGGCUGGACAGGUCUUUGCAACGGUCGGGAGAGACCUACAGGGCGAGAGGUAUACACAGGCAUCUGAGGAAAUGGCCAACAAAACUGAACAACUGUAUCGAAGCCUAAUUCGAGCUCAGCGGAAAACCGCUGUCAAAGAGGCACUUUCUCGCUUCAUCUUUGCAACCUCCGUCCAGCAUGCUGGCUCCAUGUUCAACGUUACCUGGAUGUCAUUCCUCUCCGGGUUGUCUGCUCCCAUGCAGGAUACGCAGAACCUUAAGACCAUCAAGCUUUGUAUGGAAGGUAUGAAGCUAGCAAUACGCAUCAGCUGCUCGUUUGAUCUAGAAACCCCACGGGUUGCUUUUGUCACUGCCUUGGCGAAAUUCACAAACCUGGGCAAUGUCAGAGAGAUGGUCGCAAAGAAUGUUGAAGCACUCAAAAUAUUACUCGAUGUGGCGCUUUCGGAAGGGAACCACCUGAAGAGCUCUUGGAGGGAGAUUCUCACAUGUGUCAGCCAAUUGGACAGGCUUCAGCUACUUAGUGACGGAGUCGAUGAAGGUUCUUUGCCAGAUGUGUCGCGGGCUCGUGUUGUGCCACCGUCAGCGUCCGACGGUUCCAGAAGGUCAAUGCAAGCACCGAGGCGCCCUCGCCCUAAAUCUAUCACCAACCCUACACCAUUCCGAGCGGAAAUCGCAAUGGAAAGCCGCUCAACCGAGAUGGUCAAGGGUGUGGACCGGAUCUUUACCAAUACCGCUAAUUUGUCCCACGAAGCGAUAAUAGAUUUUGUUAGAGCGCUUAGUGAAGUGAGUUGGCAAGAGAUCCAGUCUUCUGGGCAGACAGACUCUCCUCGCACCUAUAGUCUGCAGAAGCUGGUCGAAAUCAGUUACUACAAUAUGACGCGGGUCAGGAUCGAAUGGUCGAAAAUCUGGGAAGUCCUUGGGCAACACUUUAACCAAGUUGGAUGUCACUCCAAUACAACUGUGGUUUUCUUUGCCCUAGAUUCGCUCCGCCAGCUCUCGAUGCGCUUUAUGGAAAUCGAAGAACUACCUGGAUUUAAAUUCCAGAAGGAUUUCCUUAAGCCAUUCGAGCAUGUCAUGGCUAACAGUAAUGCUGUUACCGUCAAGGAUAUGAUUCUUCGGUGCCUCAUCCAGAUGAUUCAGGCGCGUGGAGACAAUAUUCGCUCUGGAUGGAAAACGAUGUUUGGCGUGUUCUCGUUCGCAGCUCGAGAGCCUUACGAGGGCAUCGUGAAUAUGGCAUUUGAGCACGUCACACAAAUCUACAACACCCGCUUUGGCGUCGUUAUCACACAAGGAGCAUUCCCUGACCUUAUUGUAUGUCUCACGGAAUUCUCUAAGAACAUGAGGUUCCAGAAAAAGUCACUGCAGGCAAUCGAGCUUCUAAAGUCGACGGUGGCAAAAAUGCUGAGGACUCCGGAAUGCCCUCUAUCUCACCGUGGCUCGUCGGAGGCUUUCCACGAGGACUCCACGAACCUCACCCAGCAACUCACAAAACAGUCCAAAGAAGAGCAGUUCUGGUAUCCGAUCUUGAUUGCGUUUCAAGAUAUUCUCAUGACUGGCGAUGACCUUGAGGCUCGGUCACGGGCCUUGACUUACCUUUUCGAUACCUUAAUACGAUACGGGGGUAGUUUCCCCCAAGAGUUCUGGGAUGUUCUCUGGAGGCAACUCCUGUACCCCAUCUUCGUUGUUUUGCAAUCCAAAUCGGAGAUGUCCAAGGUACCUAAUCAUGAAGAGCUCUCGGUGUGGCUCUCAACUACAAUGAUCCAGGCAUUGCGACACAUGAUCACGUUGUUUACACAUUAUUUCGAUGCGCUUGAAUAUAUGCUUGGGCGCGUUCUCGAACUCCUCACACUAUGCAUAUGUCAGGAAAACGACACCAUUGCGCGAAUCGGUAGCAACUGCUUGCAACAGCUGAUUCUGCAAAAUGUUGAGAAGUUCGAGAAAGAGCACUGGAGCAAGACUGUUGGUGCAUUCAUUGAGCUUUUCAACAAGACAACUGCAUAUGAAUUAUUCACGGCUGCAACAACUGUGGCGACCGCGACGCCGAAGACACACUUGCCUCAGGCUGCAAAUGGGCAGGCUGCGGACAUCCAUGAUGCAGCCCAGGAACCCGCCGAGUCGUCGUCGACUCAAGAGACUCCCAUUGAAUCCUCCAAGCCCAAUGGGACACAAGACACAACACCCGAGCACGAAGAUGGAGAUAUGCCGGCGGCUUCGAAUACUGAGUUGGAGGACUACAGGCCGCAAUCAGAUACCCAGCAGCAACCAGCCGCAGUUACCGCUGCACGCCGCCGCUAUUUCAACCGCAUUAUCACGAACUGUGUGCUUCAGCUACUCAUGAUUGAAACGGUCCAUGAGCUCUUCUCCAAUGACAAGGUCUACGCACAAAUACCUAGCCACGAACUUCUACGGCUUAUGGGUCUUCUCAAGAAGAGCUACCAAUUUGCCAAGAAGUUCAACGAGGAUAAGGACUUGCGAAUGCAACUCUGGCGACAAGGAUUCAUGAAAUCGCCGCCUAAUCUCCUCAAGCAGGAGAGCGGCAGUGCUGCUACCUACGUUCACAUUCUGUUCAGGAUGUACCAUGAUGAGCGGGAAGAGAGGAAGAGCAGCCGCACGGAAACAGAAGCAGCAUUAAUCCCUCUUUGCGCGGAUAUCAUUAGUGGUUUCGUUCGCCUCGAUGAAGAAUCGCAACACCGUAACAUUGUAGCAUGGCGUCCUGUUGUUGUGGACGUCAUUGAAGGCUACACCAACUUCCCCGCUGAGGGCUUCGGCAAGCACAUUGUGACAUUCUAUCCCCUUGCUGUCGACCUGCUCGGCCGCGAUCUGAAUCCCGAGAUUCGUCUUGCGAUUCAGUCCCUGUUCCAGCGUAUUGGAGAGGCAAGUCUAGGUCUCCCUGCUCGGCCAACGCGCGUACCUGUGAGCCCACGGCAUUCCGUAUCAGAGCAUCCAUCUCGCAAGCAUAGCGUCGGCCGGCGCUGA